AUGGAAGAACCGCGAAAUUUUGUUUUAGUAGUUGCUGCUUGCAAAAAUCUUGGAAUUGGCUACGAAGGCACAAUUCCUUGGAAAAUACCUGAAGAUCUCAAACAUUUCAAAAGCCUCACCUUAACAGGUCCUCAAACCAACACUGUGAUAAUGGGUCGCAAAACUUGGGAAUCCAUCCCAUCGAAAUACCGCCCUCUCCCAUCUCGUAAAAACAUCAUUGUUUCUAAAACCCUCCCUCCUACUGAAGGUGUAGAAAUUUAUCCAACCCUUACAGAAGCUAUUUCAGCCUCCACAGGUCUUUGCUUUAUAAUUGGCGGGACUCAGAUUUUCCAAGAAUGUCUAUCCCCUCCUUUGGUUUCCCAUUGUUCUCAGAUCUAUCUUACCCGCAUUUCCAACGAUUUUAAGUGUGAUGUUUUCUUGCCAGCGACCUCAAAAACUCUAUUUCAAGAGCCUUUAUUUGAAGGGUUUUCAAUAACAUCAAUAUCCAAAACCAAAUGCUACUCUAACAUAACUUAUGAUUUUUGUACACUUUGUAAUAAUAGUUUACCCCCUCAGCCUCAGUUCAUUAAUUACCCUCCUCAUGAAGAAUAUCAGUACUUAGAUUUAAUUAAAGAAAUUAUUUCUAACGGAAAUAGACGAGAUGACAGGACUCAUAUUGGGACAAUUUCAUUAUUUGGGAAAAUGAUGAGGUUCGACUUGAGCGAAAGUUUCCCUUUGUUGACGACUAAGCUAGUAUUUUGGAAGGGUGUUGUAGAAGAAUUAUUGUGGUUUAUUAAAGGGUCGACCAAUGCUAAAGAAUUAAGUGAAAAAGGUGUAAAAAUUUGGGAUGGCAAUGGAAGCAGACCAUUUUUAGACUCUUUAGGGUUCAAUGAUAGAGAAGAAGGAGAUUUAGGUCCUGUUUAUGGGUUUCAGUGGAGGCAUUUUGGAGCUGAAUAUAAAGAUAUGCAUGCUGAUUACUCAGGACAAGGGUUCGAUCAGAUAGCUGAAGUGAUAAAUUUGAUCAAAACUGACCCAAAUUCAAGAAGAAUCAUUCUAAGUGCAUGGAAUCCAAUUGCGCAACCUCUUAUGGCGUUGCCUCCUUGUCAUGUAUUAUCUCAGUUUUAUGUAAACAAUGGAAAAUUAUCAUGCAUUCCUUCUCCUUAAUAAUAAAUCCCAAUAUUAUUCACAAUUAAUUAUUUUUCAUAUAAAAUUAGGCUUUGAUCUCAAAAAAAAUGAUAAAUAUUUAUCUCACAUAGCUAUAUGCUAUACCAAAGAUCAGGCGAUGUAGGGCUUGGAAUACCUUUUAAUAUCGCUUCCUACUCAUUAUUAACAUGCUUAAUUGCACAAGUUUGUGGGCUCGAAAGAGGAGAAUUUGUUCAUGUGGUCGGGGAUACCCAUGUGUAUUCAACACAUGUGGACCCUCUUGAAACUCAGCUGAAAAGAAAUCCUUAUCCUUUCCCUCAGUUAAAAUUAAAUGGAAAUGUUAAAGAAAUUGAUCAAUUUUCAAGUGAAGAUAUUGAGCUUAUUGGGUAUUACAAGCAUGGAAGAAUCCAAAUGGAAAUGGCGUUAUAA